CAGAGGGCGCUGUGGCUGUGACAAACAAUUUCACUUCCGGGAUAAUGACGUAAAUAUUUAUGUCAGGAACAGGAACGAUCAGAACCGACCAACAUUACAACCAGGGUGAUGGGGCCAGACAGUGCUCCAGGUCCAGCUGUACCCUGGCGGAAAGUGUUGUGGGAACACCAGCCUUUCCCUGAUAACUAUGUGGACCAGCGGUUCCUGGAGGAGUUACGGAGGAAUGAGGGCAUCCGGCAGUACCACUACUGGGCUGUAGUGAAAGAAGCGGGUUUUGUGGGACAACAGCUGUCCUGUGUGGCCAUUUUCAUCACCCUUUGGCUCUACAUGGAGCAGGGUUUGCUGAGCCCAGAUACCCUUCUGUGCACCAGUCUCCUCUGUGCCCUGCUGGGUUACGGACUAUACCAAGUCUUGACGUCUCAGACCGAAUCGGGCUCUGAGCCCCGCACCCGUCUGGCUGACUUGCAGAGUGCUGCCGUUUUCCUUUCUUUCACCUUUGGCUUCUCCCCCAUCCUAAAGACGCUGACAGAGUCUGUGAGCACGGACACGGUGUACGCCAUGUCUGCUGUGAUGCUGCUGGCCCACUUGCUGUCAUUCCCUUACACACAGCCAUCACCGCCGGGCAGCCUGUCCCUAAACGCAGCCCUGUUUGCGUCGGUAUGUUUGGCCUCUCGGCUCCCAGGAGCUCUGCACACUUUUGCCAUGCUCAGCUCCGCCCUGUUGGUGUUUGCACUGUGGCCCUGCCUGAUGCAGAGGGUGAGGGAGAACGCCCCUCAGCACUUCACAUGGGUGUGUGUAGGCGUGUGUGUUGUAGGAGUUGGGGGUCUCGGGUCCCAGUGGCAGGGUGGAGCCGUGCUUUUGGCCUCAGCUUUAGGAAGCUUGACUCUGCUUUGUCCCUUCCUGCUAGUCAGGCUGCAGAAACACAAGGAUAACAUCCAUGGACCGUGGGACGAGGCUGAGAUUCAAGAGGAUCUGAGCCACUUUUUUGACUAAUAUCGACCACAAAGACAAACAAAUGCUUUGAUCAAACUGACAUUAAAAUGUGCGAGAACUUUAUAGGAAACAGUUUUCUGUCAGUGUUUUGUUGGUGCUGAAAAGCCAAGCGGACAAAUGCUCUUCACCCUUUUAUAACUGUCCAUGUCUGUUAUUUUUAAACUUCAAGCUACUGCAUUCUUUAAAAUGUUGACCUCAUAAACUGUAUAUACCUUUGAUACAAAGGUAUCAGCUAACACACACUUUUAUACCAUAAUAUGCACAAGUUUGUGUCAGUAAUAUUUAAUAUUUUACAGCUGCAUCGAGUGUGCUGUAUAUGGAGGAAUAACUGUGCAACAGUUAACUAUGUGACUUGAUAAACAAGGGCUCUGAUUCAUAAAAUAUUUUCUUUUAAUAACUAGAAAGGCAUUCAGGAAAUGCAUACAUCCAGCGAGCUCCAACAGACCACUUUUUACAUCUGCUGUCAUUUUUUUAAAUCUUUUUCUUUUUGACAUUGUGGAAGGUUUUAUAUAUACAGUGUGUGUGUCUAUAUAUGUGUGUAUCAGGGUUCCAGCUAGGACCAUUUUAGUGCCGGGUAAAUUAUGUGAUCGCAGCUCAUAGCUUCCGCGGCCCCCUGAAGCUAUAGGGUUUUAUACCACUAAAACUCAUUGACAUUGUUUUCAGCUGCUGCCCUUCACAGCUCUGGCCACUGAACGCGCUGACUCUCUGAUCUCUGCUGUUUGCGAUUUGAUAAAGAAAAUGAGAUAUUUCUUAUUACUUUAAUUAUUGGUUUAAAAUAGCAAAACUAUGAUUCCAUAAGCUUGAAAUAUGAUCAAAUUGGUACAUUUUCAGCAACAUUUCAGUUCAUUUUUCAGAAAUUCUGAGCUGGGUGGCACAGCCAAUUUUAACCCGAGAGCCAGGUGGAAAUUUGCAGUACAGGACGGAGCACACCUUGCAUGUAUCAGGUUGGACCUCCCUUUGCCUUCACUACUGCUUUAUUUCUUCAUGGCAUUGAUUCAACAAGGUGGUGGAAACAUGAUAGCUUCUUGCAGUCGCCCAUCCAACCAGACUGCUCAUUCUCUCCUCUGACCUCUGACAACAACAAGGCAUUUUCAUCCACAAAACUGCCGCUCAUUGGAUGUCUACUCUUUUUUGAACCAUUUUUUUGGUAAACUUUAGAGAUGGUUGCACGUGACGAUCCCAGUAGAUCAGCAGUUUCUGAAAUACUCAGAACAGCCCGUCUGGCACCAACAACCAUGCCACCUUCAAAGUCACUUAAAUCCCCUUUCUCACACCAAUUUGAUGCUCAGUUUGAACUUCAGCAAGUCGUCAUCUUGACCACAUCUGGAUGCCUGCAUGCAUUGAGUUGCUGCCAUGUGAUUUGUUGAUGCACUAUUUGUGUUAAACAAUUGAACAGGUGUAAUAAUGUGAAAUGACAGGGGGGAAAGGUAUUGAACACCUGAAGAAAGGGUGGUGAAAUCUGUCAACUGGUGAAAUCUCCACCUUGUUUCACUUUGAAUACUUUCACAUCCUUUGGUAUCAGCUUACAAACUUACUGACAAAGCGACAAUAACAAUAAUAAUAUGAAUGAAUUUAUUUAUUCAGCACACACAGAUUUAAAAAUAAUAAAAAAAGCUCAUAAAGAGAACAAUUUAACAACAUACCCAUGUGGCCGAAAUGGUGUAGAAAGCAGCAAAAGUCUAUUGAAAACAUGCAACAAAGUGUAUGAAUCAAAAGUUUCCCAAUGAGAAAUUUCCUUAGUGUAUGUGCACAAAAUACUGUUAGUGACUUUAUCAGAAUUCUCAUCAGCUGAUACCUGUGUGGGGUUGUGUCUAAAUAAACCAGCCAGAAAACAAUGUGGUUUUGCCUUCAGAAUCCUCUCUCCUUUCUAAUAAUGUCCUUCAGUACAAAGUCGACUGUGCACAGUGACGACAUCCAGAGCUUACAGAGAGAGAGAGACGUGUGCUGCUCUGCAGAGUGCAACCUUCAAACAUGCAACAAUUGAGCUUUAUACAAGCAGUGUGUCUGUCCUAACACAUGAAACCUGAGUAAAAUUAUAUACAGGCACAUUUUAAUUUUGGCUGCUAGACACAUCUGAACACUAGAUGUCGCACUUUGACUUUUUUCUACCCCCAUUGGCGUGGGUGGAGGAAAAAAAGUGAUUAAAGGUAUUUCGUGAGCA